ACUUUCUUUACAACCCUUUUCUUCUUUUCUAUGAAUCGGUAAGAUUUCUCUUUCUAACCCCUUCCAAAUUACCACUUCAAAAUUGUGUGUUUUCCUCUUUUCUCUUCACAAAACCUCAGUCUUCUUUGAUUAGUUGAUAACCACGACUAAACCUCAAUUUUCUUUGAGAACCCUUUUCGACUUCUUCUUCUCCUGACGAAAACUCUAGCAACGUUGAGUAUACAAGAAUGGAUUGUUCUCUUUGUAAUGGGACCACAGUUUCAGUAUACGGCUCUAGUGGAAAUUAUAGAAACGAUAAAGUUGGAGUAUGCUGGAAUUGUUACGGGGAGGAAGUCAAUAAAAUGAUGAACUUGAUGAACAUAAAUAAAGAAAAAGGGACCUUAUCGGGAAUUACAAUUAAAAAUGCUACAAAGUGGGUUGAGGAAGCGAAAAAAAGAGAAGAGGAGUGCAAUAAACAUAUUGGCUUAUUAGCUGUUGCAUUCAGGGAGGGAAGCUACUCAGACAUUCAAGUCAAGCCUGGCAAUGGACCUUCUAUACCCGCACACAGAUUUUUGUUGGCAACCACAUCUGAAGUUUUGAAAACCAUGCUAGCAUCAGAUCUGUGCAAAUCUGCACCAAUUGACUCCAUAUCUCUCCCUGAAUUCAAUCAUGAAGAGCUUGAGACAUUCUUGGAGUUCCUUUACUGUGGGAAAUUGGCCAAGGAAAAGUUUGACAUGCAUUUUCAGUCCCUAACACUUGCAGCUGAUAAGUAUGUGAUUCCACAUUUGCAAACAUAUUGCGAACAACAUAUACUAAAAUUACUAGAUUCGUCAAACGCACUCGAAAUUUUGGAGUUUUCAGAAACUCUUUCGAAUGAAGUAUUAAAAGUUGCUUCCCUGACGUCAAUACUCAGCCACAAAAAAGAAAUAUACUUCUCACCUAGUUUUGAAGAUUUUGCAAGACAUAACCCAAAUUUGAUGGUACAAAUCGCCAGGGCCCAUUGCGAGAAGGAAACGUAAUACAGGGCAAUUGUAGUACAAUGGGUGUUGAGGCUGCAGAUAAGGAAUUAUUUUGAGACUAGGCAAUGUACUGUACUUCCUUUUCUAGAAUUAUUAAUAUCUUUGAUAUUAUUAUUUGUGCAACCCGUUUUUUGUUCUAGUUUUUUUCUUUUUUAGUGUGAGC